CUGCCAGCUGCCUGCAGCGCCCUGCACCGAGCAGCAGUCGAGUAGCGGCGAGCAGAGCGAAUUGUCAAAGCAGCGCCGCACAUUCUCUCUCUGUUUGUAAACGCUGCGGUGCAUCCUUCCGAACGUUCAGUUCUUCGGAGCCAAGUGUUUACCCUUAUAAUUCUGCUCUGCGAUACUCGUCGAGUCGGUAUCAGCGGCGUCCAGCGUCGAACAGGAUGAGCCGAACCAUGAAUGAGAAAGAGGAGCUGGUGAAGAAGUCAUUGUUUAGUUUUGUUAGAAAGCAAGUGCCAACUGCCCAACUAAAUUUGAUAGAUGAUAUUGUUCUGGGCUAUGUGGUAAGCAUGGUAGAAGAAAGCGCUCUAGAAGACGAACUGGAUGUCGAUGGUGUCAGCGAGAUGGUAUCUGCUUGUCUUCCUGAAUUUUCCACUAUUGAAAAAGAUGCGGUAUCUAAAUGGCUUUUUGAUAUUGAGAGCCAGCUGCGCGAAGACAGCAAAGAAAGCAAUGGAGGUGCUCAGCAACAUGACCCAUUGAGUUGUUUGAGUUUAGCAGCAUUGCUUCCACCAGAACCACAGCGUACUGCCAGAGUUCAUCAUUUGUCAGAGACUAGUGAUGCUGGUAGUGAUUCCAGUGGAGAAUAUUUUGCUGAGGAGUCUUCCUGGGACCAGGUUGCACUUUUGCAAGAGAUGUUUCCUGGUGCAAGCCCUGCAGAAGCUCGUCACUGCUUAGCAGUAGCUGGAGGUGAUAUUGCAAAGGCAGCUCAGCUUGCUCUUCAUAGACAAGAAGCUGGACAGAGUAUUGUUAGCAAUCUUGCCUUCCUCACACCAAAUAAUCGAAAUAAAGCACGUGUAAAUGACGAGGAGCUGAAAGCCCGCAUAAUCAAUCGCUACAGUUACGUGGAUCGCGAUGACGAUUCUCGCGAGCACCGGCCAGUCGCCCCAAAGACCGAGCCGAAGAAGCUCGUGCGUUACCUGGAUAACAAGAUCGUGUCAGUGAAGGGUGAGCGCUUCACCGAGGUGAAGCGCGGUGGCGAAGACGAAGACGGCAACGAGGCAGGCCGUAAACCCCGGGGACACUGCCGCCCGUAACCAGUCACCCCGCCUCCACCCCCUGAUCCACCCCCCUGGAGGCGCCUUCUGUUCGCUCGCGCGCCUCUUCCCUGGGACGAUGGCGCACCGCGAUUCUUUCUGCCGCCGCUGCUGCUGCCGCCACCGCCGAUGCUGUUGUUGCUGCGUGACCGAUCGUGAAACGAGGCUGUGGACGUCAAGGUGAACCCCGGCGAGGAUUUCGCGGUUCAUCCUCACCGAUCCUCUCAUCUCCGCCCGACUACUGCUUUAUUGUUUCUCAUUAAGUUUUGCUACCUUGUUUUGUAGUCUUUUAUUUUAUAUUAAUGACUGAGAUAUAUAAGGAUUCUCGAAGCUUUUAUCACGACGAGUAAGAAUGAUAAUGUUGCAAUAACAUUGCUCUCUUUUAAAUAUUCUUUAUGUUAAAGAUUCCAUUACACUUGCAUUUAUGACAAAUUAUUGUAUAAUUUCUUGAACUGAAAUUUUUACUUUGAGAAUUAAAAGAGUGUGAUAAAAAAGAAAAUUUAUGUUAAUCGAGUAUUCAGUUGAUUGAAAUAUAUGUAUAAAUUAAUUAAUUUUACUUUUAAAUGAUUUUAAAAUUAGCAUAACAAAUAGCUGUGUGAUUUCUUAAAAUUUAUACUUUUACGUGUUGAAAAAGUUAUAAAAUAGUAUUUAAUUAAAAGUGUGUAUUGAAAAUUAGAUACUUAUGUGAUAAGAAUACUUGGUACACAGUUCGUCAAAAAUUCGAGAAUUCUUUCCCUUGAUUGUGGGAGCGAAGCUUUAUUACUUGUUUAGUAACUUUAUAGAUGUUCCAAUCAUUAGUUAUUACCGUAUGUAUCUGACGCAUACGUGGACGCAUUUACAACUGCUUUUGGUACAAAACCGAUUGAAACACACAAAUAAUACGUGUAUCAAAUUUUGCAGUUUGUUAUUUUUUGGUUCUCGUUUACAGAAAAUCGUAUUAUAACACUCAUACUAUAAAUUUUUCAAUGUACUAGACAAAAAUAACGUCUUGGAUUUUGCAUUUCAGUAUAAGGAGAACUUCAAAAUAACAAACGGCAAAUUUUCAUCUUUCCAUUACUCGUUGUUCUUCAUCUUACAAAUUAUAUAUUUGUACAGAUCCUGUUGUAAAGUAUUUAUUUCUCUUAAGAUGGUCUUUAAUUUAACAAUUAUGUUUAAUGAUAAGUUUACGAUGACAUGCGUAAUAUCAAAGGAAAGUCCCUCCGAUGUUAACUUUGACGUCCGGAGUUCUGUAAGUGUAAAUACAGCGAGGACGUAGCGAUUUAUCCUUUCGCUCGAGCGUACAAUGGCCGUGACGGCCGUCUGGUUGACUGCACACUUGCGUUUUUUUCACUUUUUAUUUUUAUUAUUAUUGUAUCGAUUUUCUCCGCAUCGAAGCCUACAUAGCUUUAUUUUUGAUUUAUUAAGACUGAUACGCGUAUAAUGGACUUUGUAUUUAUUUGUAUCGCUCGUCAAAGUCUUGCUUUUUUUGCGGCGUUGCAAAUUGAAUGGAAAUACAUGAAACGGUUAAAAAAAAUGUCUUGACUAUGUUUUAAAUCAUUAAACAAAAUGAUAAUAUCGAAAACAAAAGAUAAAUAAUGUAUAAAUGAGUAAGAUGAGAUUAGCCCUCCUACUCUAAAAAAAAAUACAUUGUAAUCAUUUUAUUAGUUCUCUGAUUGGCUGUUUGAGUGCAUAUGUUUGAAUUUCUUAAUAAGCGAAAAUUGGCGAAAAAAAUCACUUUACACGGAUCUUACAAUUUAAUUUGCAUCUUUGCUUGAAAAUAACUGCAAAACUGCGUUUUAUACUUUUACUAACAAAAAAGUUGUGUGAUAACGCCAGCUUGCUGUAGUCUUUUUUUUUGUGGAACGGAAAAUCAAUGAAAAUAACGCUUGUGUGCUGUCGUACCAACAGAAUUGAAAAAUGCGUUUUACCCGAAUUGGGUAUGUCCGUAUCGUGAGUAUUCAGAGCUCGAAUAUGCUAUUGUAUAUAAGGCGACAGAAUAACUAACUGAAGAAAUCGAUUUAGUAGUGAUUGAUAAAGACGCUUCGCAUCGAAGUAGAAAUGAAAGUUUGGUAAGACAUACGCGCGCGCGGUUAAAGGUGAUGAUAAGAAUAAGCUAGAAACGAAUAAGGAAAUUCCGGAUAGGGGUGGAUUAUAAUAAGCGGAAAUAAUGUGGGUGAGUGACGAUGAGACGUACAUACUCAAAACGACAAAAAAUCGUUAGAAUAUUAUUGCUGCGCGAUCUUCCUCAUGUCGAUUCUACGUAAAUACACUUUACACUCGCGAUUCGCUUUUAAAAUGAGCUGAUAAUCACAACCUUGAUUGUUGAUAAUUUAUGCCGAAGCUCGAAGAGUACAUGUAGCCGAGUGUUAUUGUGCCACAUGUGGUCUCUUCAGAUUUUUAUAAAUUGAAAUAAAAAACGUUAUGUUUUGUAUUGGCAAAAUUCUUGAAAAGUGGGUUGUAUCAUGCACGAUUCGAUUCGAGGAAGAUCGAUCCGUGACAUAAAUAUCGCUUUUUAAGCUCGACAAGUCAAUCGACCGACCGAAUUCUACAUCCAACUGAGAUAUUUGCAUAAAAAAUGACUUAUGAUGCUUAAGAUCAUCAAUUUUACACUACGGUUGGCUAUAUUGCAAUCUCGGUCACGUAAUUUUUAAGUUAUAUAAAAAAGUAUAAUAAUAUAAGCGCGCUGCGCUCUCUCUCUCUCUCUCUCUCUUUCUCAAAUAGCAGGCGCAAAGUCAGAUUUAGUUUUUAAUGCAUAGCGAUACAAUUUUUUUUCUAUUUUUAUUUACACAUAUACGCGAUAUGUAUCAAGAGAAAAUCUUAGAAAAAAAGGAAAUAAAAAAAGUGUAUUGAAUAAAACAAAAUGAAAAAAAGGAUAAACUAAAGCCUGUCGAUCGUUGAGGCCGUGUACACGCUUUUAAAAAAUUUGAAACUUCGCUGCUGACAGAUGAGAUCGUGAUCCGUUUUGCAAGUAAAUCAAACACUACGUAAAAAAAACUAAAACAAUUUUAUAGUCACGUAAGCGAACUUCAACCAUUCAGCGGCAGAAGGUCUUUUAAGGGGGUUCUAAAGCGUUUGAUAGAGCACAAAAAUCAUUCUAUCUUCAGAAUCGUCAAAUUAUAAUAAUCCGACUGACCUUUAUAACAAAGUUGAAUAAAUAUAAACUUCAAUUUAAAUUUAAACAAUCGUCAUCGUAGAGUACGAAGCGUUUCAUAACAUUUUUACGCUUUUUAAAAAUCUUGCAACUAACUAUCGUGCAAAAUUUUAUAGUGAAUAUGAACGUAAUGGUAAAAUAAUAUACUUAUAGCGAUUGAUUUGUCACUGUUUUCGAUCUGUCCUUUGGCAAUUAAUCGUAAUACUAAUCAAGUACUAUCAUUGUCGUAAUUAAAUAACUUGUCGACUGCACGUGGAAGAGAGCGCUCUUCGCCCACACAAUAUAGCUUUAGAGCCUCUUUAAGAAAUAAGAGUAAACAAAUAUUGUGCCCCACAACGGAUGCACUGACACUAUGUGUUUCACUUUACGAUGUAACGAUUUUUUAUAUAUACGUAGGACAAAAGGCCACAAUAACGCCGAGCUGUGGGCGUCGACACGCGUAUACAUAGUCCACAAGGCUCUAUUGAUCUUGGGCGUUUUGAACUGUAAGAACAGGGGAAAAAAUACGAAGAAGAGCUCUUUGAACUGUAUAUCAAGAUGUCGAUGCUACUUUAAUACAGCACACCUUCGUGAGGACAACAAAAUUCUUGCUAAUAAUAUUGUACCUUUUUGCGAAUUAAACGCCCGACGAUUGAUGCGUUUACAAAGCCAUAUUAUUUACCAGUAUUACUAUUGAUAUAUCUUCAUCAAUUAUAUUGCAAACUUUUGAGUAUAGAAAAAUCAUGAAAAUCCAUAAGCGGAUAACUGCAAUGAAUUGUUUCUUCUUCUCACCUCCUGUCACCACCGUUUAUUAGCGGUAGGCUGAAAUGUAUUUUCUGUAGCACGAUAUAACUUAUACGUAGAAUGGUGAAUAUUUUACACUUUCCUUAAGAAUAGUAGAGUUUUUAAAUAAUUGAAAACAUUGGACGAAUAUUAGAGCAAUAUUGUUGCAAAAAUAUUUUCUAAUGUUACUUUUAUGUGUGAUUUUUCUUUUUGUAACGCCAGAUUACGACUAAAUUUCAUUUGAAUAAACAUAUACGUAUAAUAUUGUAUUCAAUUAAAAGAAUGAGAAAUUGUCUUAUUGCUUUAUUUACUUAUAUAUUCCUAAUAAUUAUUCCUAGAUUUUUAUAAAUUUGUCUACCGCCGCCUGAAGAUUGGAUCAGACCGUUUUUUAUCCAAUCAAUAAUUAUUACUUAGGCUUUAAGAGACAACCAUGAAGAAUUUGUAAGUUGCGUGAUUUCUCGAAAAUGUAGUCUGUCACACGCCCAUUAGUUAGGCAAAUUCAGUGUCUCAAGCAUCCAACUCCUUAUUAGGGUGCUUGUCAUUAAUCGUUAAGCAAACUUAAAAAGAAAUUGUUCAAAUGGAAAAUAACUUGUUAUUGUGUCCAAACUCUGAUAUUAUCUAGGGUAAAAACACAUGCGUAUGUGCGCGACAAAAAACUUUUAUGAAUAUGUCACACGCGUUUUUUUUUUUUUUUUUUUAAUAAUUUUGUGAUGUGAAGCACCGAGAUGUGCGUUGAAUUAUGACAGAUUGUGGUUUGUUAUGAAUUUAACGGAAAGGUCUACAUUUGAAAAGUAAUAUAAUACAAAUUGAAUACAAAUUUGUUUGUCUUUUCCUAUUUGAAAUAACAAAAUAUUAAUCAUCAUGCCAACGUGAACAAAUUGUACUAAAUAGAUGAUUUGUAUGUAUUCAAAAUAUUUUUACGAAUUUUCGUUUUACUUAUACUCUGUAAAUGAGUUGAAAAUGUUGAAUCGUUUGAUAUUUUAUAUUUGCUCUUUAUCUAAAUGGUCAAGAAAAACUCGCCAAGUGUUAACAUUAUAAACAGACUAUUACAAAUGUUCACGUUCACAUAAACGCAUUACCUACUGUACAAUCGUCGUUUAAACUUUAAGGCGAAAGCAAAUGUAAGGAUUAUAAUAGUUUAAAUGUAAAGGAAACAUAAAAAUCUAUUUACAGAAACAGAUUGUAAUUGUUCACCGAUGAACUGUAAAGAAAAUUCUUUUACACUAAAAAGUAAACAAAGAAAGUUUGCAACGCAUAUAAUUUUAAUUAUGUAAAAUCAAAUAUUGCUUUGGAAGAAUGUGUUUGGAUUCAAACAAAACGAGCGUGGAUGAAAAUAAUUUAGUAACUUGCAUCACUUACUUUUUUAAAUUUUCAUUUUAUUCUUCUAAAUUAAUAAUACAACAACAUCAGUGAUAAUUAUAAUUAUGUUAUUUGUAUUAAAAAUUAUUUUAUUUAACGAA